AUGGCGUGCUCAUUCCCGACCAACCAAGCCAUCGUCGUCGGCGGCGGCCUGGGAGGCAUGUCUGCCGCGAAUACCGUCGUGGAGCAUGGUGGCAGGGUAGUUUUGCUCGACAAGUCAUCCUUCUGUGGCGGUAACAGCACCAAGGCCACGUCGGGCAUCAACGGGGCAGGCACGAAGACGCAGAAAGCAAAGGGCAUCCCAGACAACGCCGACAUCUUCACCCAGGACACCCUGAAGGGUGGUGCCAAGAAGCCCGAGCUCGCGAAGCUCCUUUGCGACAACAGCGCUGCAGAUGUGGAUUGGUUGGUUGAGAAGUUCAACCUCGACCUGUCCCUGGUGGCACGCCUGGGCGGCCACUCGCAGCCGCGCACGCACCGAGGAAAGGAGCGCUUCCCGGGCAUGACCAUCACCUAUGCCCUGAUCCAGAUGCUGGAGAAG